UCAAGUAUGUUCUAUUCAUGAAAAGUGUUAGUGAAUAAAUUUAUUUACAGAAUUAUAUUAUUUUUAACUAAUAAAUAAAUGAGAUACGUUAGUUGAUAAAGACAAAAUAGUCCACAUGGAUUUGGGAAGUGUUCUGUUUGUCUUCGCGAUAAUUGUUUCCUUUGUUGCGGGAAGACCUCCAAUUAAUCGAUACGCAUACGAGGAUAAUUAUAGUGAUGGCGGUGGGAAUUUUGGACACGAUCCUCCUCCGCGGCUUGUUGAACGAGUCAGCUACGUGCCAGGGUACCGUGGCGGGAAGGGGUACUACCAGCGGGAGAGGAUCCUAAGAAAUACGGGGCCACCUCGACCACUGAGAUAUCGCGUCGAUCGGAAGGGACCAAAUAGGGUGAGGCUCUGCCCGAAAAACUCCAAAUGUAAAGAUCAGCUCUACGAUGUCAAUCAAUAUAAUGUUCGACAGAAUUAUUGAAUCUUGUGAAAAAAAUGUGGAAAUUAUUUAUUGAGCUACAUAUCCCUUGCAAAUUGUAACAUGUGGAUUUGUCGGAUUAUGCACAGAUUCCUUAAUAAGUCUCACUGUGAAAGCCAACAAAUAUCGAAAUGGAAAUAAUUACACAUGUGUUUUAUACAAGUUUCCAGAGAUCAUAACGUGUAUCCAGAUUUCAAUAAAAUAUCGUCACAACGAA